CCAUCAAAAUACACCACCCCACAUCCCCUGCCAUUCAAUCCUACUUUCUCAAAACAACAAACAGUGAAACAAAAUGGCAGCUCCCUUCUUCCUCAGCAAACCGUCACUAGUAAUCCUUUUCAUCAUCGGAAUAUGGGUCUCCCAGCUUGCAGCGUCUAGAGAGCUCCAUGGAUCCCAGCCCGACAACAUGGCUCAAAGGCACCAGCAAUGGAUGAACCAACACGGCAUAGCAUACGAAACUGCCGCGGAGAAACAAACACGCUUCAACAUAUUCAAGAACAACGUCGAAUACAUCGAAUCCUUCAAUGCCGCAGGUACCAAGCCUUACAAGCUAGCAAUCAACAAAUUUGCGGACCAGACGGUGGAAGAGUUCAAGUCCUCCCGCAACCGUCUCAUCAGAAAGCCACUCCUACUACACAAGCUGCACGGCGCCGCCGCCGCAACAACGACGAAGCCAUUCAAGUAUGAAAACGUGAAGGACGUCCCCGCCACAAUGGACUGGCGCACCAAAGGAGCCGUGACUCCCGUUAAGGACCAAGGUCAGUGCGGUUCGUGCUGGGCCUUCUCCGCCAUAGGUGCCACCGAAGGGAUCAACCAGCUAUCCACCGGGAAGCUGGUCUCCCUCUCCGAGCAAGAACUCGUCGAUUGCGAUACCAAGAGUGUCGACCAAGGAUGCAAUGGAGGGGAGAUGGAGAAUGCUUUCGAGUUCAUAAUUGGUAACCACGGGAUCACCUCCGAAGCCAAUUACCCUUACCAGGGAACCGAUGGAACUUGCAAUUCGCAGAAGGAGAGCUCCCACAUCGCCAGAAUCACCGGCUACCAGAAGGUCCCUGCCAACAGCGAGGAAGCAUUGUUGAAGGCAGUGGCCAACCAGCCGAUUUCGGUGUCGGUGGAUGCAGGGGAUGGUUCCUUCAUGUUCUAUUCCAGCGGGGUGUUUUCAGGGGACUGUGGGACGAACCUUGACCACGGGGUUACCGCGGUUGGGUAUGGUCAGACCAGUAACGGAACCAAAUAUUGGUUGGUCAAAAACUCGUGGGGAACCACUUGGGGUGAGAAAGGGUACAUUAGGAUGCUGAGAGACAUCGAUGCCAAGGAAGGUCUAUGCGGGAUCGCUAUGGAUUCCUCUUUUCCAACCCUUUAAUGCAACACAGCCAAUGUGCAUUUCUCAUCAAUCAACACUAUCACGGUGCUCUAGUAUAUGUGAUAUACUUCUCUAUGUAAAAGAUUGUAACCAAAGUCUAGCACUGUUUGUACAGUAUUCAGUACUAUAUACGUAAGUUCUAUUGUAUACAACAAAGCUGGUGAUGAUGAAUAUAUUGGGUUCUUUAUG